AUGGAAGGAAAUACAGGCAAGAGCAUGGACGGAAACCAUGGUAUUGUUGGGUCCUCUAAUCCUAUUCCUAAUUUAGGCGUAGUAAGUGCUGAAACUUUAAGUGCGAGUGAAACUUUGAGGCGUUAUUCACUCGGCUACAGAUUUAAUCCUCUUAAUCAAGAACUCAUCCUUGGCUAUCUUCUGCGCAAAAUCAAGGGCUUAUCUUUACCCACCAAUCUCAUGCAUGAAGUUGACAUUUAUCUUCAUACUCCUGAACACCUUACUGUAAAUUACGAACCACAAGGCGAUAAAAUAUGGUAUUUCUUUACACCAAGAGUCAAAAGAUACAAAAAGGGGAGCCGUCCAAAUAGAAGCGCUGAAGAUGGAUAUUGGAAAGCAACAAGAGUUGAAAAGACUAUUAAGACUAAUGAUGAUCAAGAAAUUGGAUUCAAGAAAACAUUGGUUUACUACAGAGGAAAUAAUGCUUCUGAUGGUGUUAAAACUAACUGGAUUAUGCAUGAAUUUAGGAUCAAUGGUCCUUCCCUGUUAGGUCCUUCUCUCAAGUGGAAAAGAGAUAUGUAUUUAGCAUCAAUGCAAGAUAAGAAUGUCUGA